UUCUUCCGUGUUCGCUUCUCUCAACCAAACGAGCUCCUCCAAAGCAUUCUCAUCGGUGUACCACUGACAAGACUGAAGAUAUUCACCCAGGAAUGUGCGAUCACACUCGUGUUAAAAAGGAGGAGGAGUCAGAGAUGCCGUACAUCAAACAGGAGGCGGAGCCAGAGACUCCCCACAUUAAAGAAGAAGAACAGGAUGAUGAAAUCUCCAAGUUUCCAAAGACUGUCAGUGUAAAGAGUGAAGAAGAUGAAGGUCCGAGUGGAGCAGCGAAACAUUUGAGCGACAGCUCAUUUCAACACCUGACAACAAAAGGAGAGGGACGAUUGCAACCGGAGGGCCUAUUAGCUCCACUUUCGGACAGCGACGACCUAACAUCACGUUCUUCUGACUUUAACACAGAUGAGGAGGAGGAUGACUUUGACCUAAAUGCUUUGAAAUCCUCAAACAAGUCAUCAUUGAAAAAAGACAGUCAAAAAGGCGCGGUGAGGAAAGCUUUUCCCUGCUCACUUUGUGACAAAAGUUGUUCUCAGAAGACUCAUUUAGAACAGCAUAUGCUGACACACACCGGAGAAAAGCCUUUUGUCUGCACAUAUUGUGGUAGAAGAUUCAGCGUGAAGACAAAUUUAAAGAGACACGUGCAAACACACACUGGAGAGAAGCCUUUCCCCUGCUCAGUUUGUGGUAAAAGAUUCACAGAUAAGGGAACUUUAAACAGACACGCAAAAUACCACACUGGAGAGAAGCCUUUUGUCUGCACAGUUUGUUGUAAAAGAUUCACCGAAAACAGAAAUUUAACCCAACACACAAGAACUCAUACUGCAACUCGCACUGGAGGGAAGCCUUUCCCCUGCUCAGUUUGUGGUAAAAGAUUCACAGAGAAGGGAACUUUAAACAGACACGCGAAAACACACACUGGAGAAAAGCCAUUUGCCUGCUCACUUUGUCAUCAAAGAUUCAGUCAGAAGGGAACUUUAAGCAUACACGCAAAAACGCACACUGGAGAAAAGCCAUUUGCCUGCUCAGUUUGUGAUAAAAGAUUCAGAGAUAAGGGAACUUUAAACAGACACGCAAGAACGCACACUGGAGAAAAACCUUUUGCCUGCUCAAUUUGUCAUCAAAGAUUCUGUCAGAAGGGAACUUUAAGCAGACACGCAAGAACUCACACUGGAGAGAAACCUUUUGCCUGCUUAGUUUGUCAUCAAAGAUUUGCAGAGAAGAGAUCUUUAAGCAGACACGCAAGAAUGCACACUGGAGAGAAAGCUUUUGCCUGCUCACUUUGUCAUCAAAGUUUCACUCAGAAGAGCCAUUUGGUGUCGCACGCAACAAGCCACACUGGAUAAUGAAUAAUUUCAUGAUAUGUCGACUGACAAGUAGUUGAAUGACACCUCUUUUAAAUCUUGAGUGGGUCUGUAUCGUUUUCACAAACCGUAGUUAAAUUUGAGGAGGUUGGCAGGAACCCUGCCACACAAAAAAACUACAGGAAGUACAACGACAAGAAAGCCCGCCUGUCUCAUCAGACCAUAGGAUAUGGUUCCAGUAACCCAUGUGCUUUGUUGACAUGUUUUCAGCAAAUUGUUUGAGGGCUUUCUUGUGUAUCGUCUUCAGAAGAGGCUUCCUCCUGGAGUGAUAGCCAUGCACACCAAUUUGAUGUAGAGUGCGGCGUAUGGUCUGAGCACCAACAGGCUGACAAUCUCUGCAGCAAUGCUGACAGCACUCCUGUAACAAUUCACUUGACAUUUUGGAGGGAAAAUGAAAAGCAGUACACAAUUUGGACAUUUAAAGAUGUACGUUUUUUCAAUGGGGUGUACUCACUUUUGUUGCCAGAGGUUCAGAUAUUAAUGGCUAUAUUUUGAGUUAUGUUGAGGGAAAAAUAAACUAUUAUAUAAGCUGCACACAGACUAGUUUUUAUUGUCUCAAAGUGUCAUUUCGUCACUGUUGUCCCAUGAAAAAUUAUACUUAAAUAUCUGCAGAUAUGCGAGUGGUGUACUCACUGUUGUGUUACACUGUAGAACACAAUAUGGUUUUAAGCAAAAUGCUUUACUGAAUUGAGGUCGAGAAAUGCCUUUCUGAAAUGUGAUAAAUUUGGCAAUGUAGUGAAUGUGCACGUUGGAUUGAUUUUUGUUUACUUACCUAUGUUUGGCUACUUAUUUUCUUAUAAUG